AUGAAAUAUAGCGGGCUAUACUUCGUUUCUAAUCCCUCUACCAACAUCGACGCCUCCCUCUCCACUGUAAACAGCCUCAUUCAAGGCAUCGAGACCAGCUUCCAAAAUGCCACACGGAAGCAAACACCAUGGUCGCUCUCCUACCGCGCAUUUCGCGACACCAUACCUCCAGGCUACCAGCCACCUACGGGCGCAGACGGCAAACCGAAGCCAUACGCACACUCCUACCAGCACCUCCUCCAUCUCUCGAGCCUCUCGCCGAAUCGCACAUAUGUAUUUGCGCAACCGUUAGCGCAGCAAGAGUCCAUUGCGUCGAUACCGCUGCGACAGCAAGACGCGCAUGCUUCGAUACUACGGUACCAAUGUUCUGCUCUGUGGACGCCGAGACAAAUACUGGCUGUGCGCGAAGGAACAUCUUAUAGUGGGGGUCUUUGUACGAUACAAAUUGGGGAGCUACGAGCAACACGCGAAGGUCCGCAAUCAGGCGCCGUCUUAUCGCCAGGCGUCGUCGUCUGUAUCAGCACGACACUGGGCGCUGAGGAUGCAGAGAACCACAUGAAUUCAGGCUAUGACACGACGGAAAACGGUACGGCAAUGGAUGUAGAUGAAGAACAAGUCGAUAUCGAGUACGCGCAGACUGUGGUUCGUGACUGCUGGAGUAAAAUCAAAGAUGGGCGCGAUUUGGGCCGGUCGGAGAUCAGGGAAGUCAUGAUGGCCCCAGUUACAACGGGCAAGAAGAGUCAGGAGCAAGAGGCAAUGGUGCGCAUGUGGUGUGAUGCUUUGCGCAUGCGCGGCUGA